AUGGCCAUCCGGAAACGCGCGGCUCUGCAUCCUUGUUCAGCACGGCUGUUUUUGAGCAUCGUCGGCAUCGCGCUGCUGACCUCCAGCAGUGCGUUCAGCGGCCUUUUCGGUCGCCGUGGAAGCUUCCAUGGCUUAUUGCGGCGUUCAGGAAGUCGGAGUGGCAUGCUGGAACCAAUGAAUGCUGGUCGAGACGAGGAAGCGAUUCGAUCAGAGCAAGCGAUUCGAUCAGAGCGUGAUAUCGACUGUCCCAAGGCCGUUUCUAGCUUUCAGUUCGAUCCUCGCCUGUGCAACUUGCUUCAGAACUGGCGUGAUGUGUGGCCAGUGACCGUUACAAAGUUAAAGAAAGGCCUUGGGGGCGCAGAAGUGCGAACAGAGGACGGCCUCAUCGGCUUCAUCCAUUCGAAAGAUCUUGGCAGUAUUGGCAGCGUCCAGACGGGAAAGAAAAAGAAGAAGCAGAAGAAGAAGAAGAAGAAGAACAAACAGGAGACGCAAGAAGAAGACAAGGCAAUCCGGUGUGGAAAAGGGCCCACCAAAGCCGCUGUGAUCAUCAAGAAGGUCAGGCCACGGUUCUGGCAAGUGGCCGACCCCCAAGAGAGCAUCGAGGGAGAAGAACCAAUAGUGUUUGAAGUUGUUGAUUCUCGGAUGGUUUUCAAGCCGGAGCACGAUGCAGUCCUGGAGAAGCUCCAGCAAGAGCUUGAGGAGGACGAUGCUGGUGGAACACACCAGGUUGAAGUAACGAUGGUUCGGGACGAAAUCGUUUAUGUGCUGACCAAGGAUGGUCUCUUGGGUUGGGUUCCUUUGAGCUCUCUGGGCCUGCGGAGUGAUGUGCCCAGCGUAGGAGAUGAGUUGAAUGUUACUGUCGUGGGCAUCAGGAGUUCGAAGGAUGCUGAAUGGACCUUUUUUCCACCACGCGCGCAAAGUUUGAUCUCUUCCUUUACUGGGGAGGACCCGAAGUUGUUUGGAAGACCCUCUCUCUGCUGUGCCGGGCCGCAGAUGCAAGAAUUGUUGACGCAGCUUCGAGACUGGAAUGUGGUACUUGCAGAGAUCGUGGGGAUUAAGAAUAAAGGAGUCUCGGUUGAGAUAGCAGGUGCUGAGUUCUUCCUUGGAGAUACCCAGCUCACGGGCAACAGAAGCAUGCUUAAGGCCUCGGGGGGGCCGAAGGCUGUGUUUUCGGUGGGCGAGCAGGUGAAGAUGCUCUGCGAGUGGGAUGAUCAAAGCGAACUACGGCUGUCUAUCCGAAGGCUAGAGCGGCGUGCAGGCGCUGUUCUGAUAAGCAAGCAGCGGGUUUUCGAAGAGGCAGAAGAGACUGCCGAAAUGCUCCGCAUGAAGAUGUGGGGUGACUCUGAACCGCGGAUUCCAAACACGACACAGGUUUCUGGAAACACAGAGGAUCUUCACAAGCAGUAUUCACAGCUGAUACAGGAGUACAUGACCACGUCUGAGAUCGCGGGACUAUAG